AUGGCGGAUGCAGCCAAACAGGCAGCGCUUCAGCGCGCUCUCCAUGAACUCAAAGUUGCGGUAGAGCACGUGUUUUUCAGCAGAUAUAUGGGUGUGGCUGGGUAUACACUAUUGCUCUACGACCACAUCCUCACUUUUCCAGCGGAGGUUGAACUUGUUUGGAAAGCUGAUAAGCGAAAUACUGUGACAUGGCUUUUCUUCGCGAAUAGAUAUCUUGUGCCAAUUAUACUGAGCAUUGACCUCUACGACAAAGGCGGACUUGCGAGCCAUUUGUCGACCAACUUUUGUCAAGCGUGGUUUGUGAUCGAAGGCUAUCUCAAUGUUCUAUCAUUCGCUGCUGUUCAUGCAUUGGUCGCUAUGCGGGUAAAUGCGGUCUGGGGUAGAAGGAAAUGGGUUACUAUCUUGCUUUGGACCGGCGGUAUCCUGUAUAUCGUUGGCACAUUGGCAAUUAUCUCCCCUGGGUUAUUUCAAGUAUUGGAUGAGGUCGCACCAAACCCAGUUUUCAACGUCUGUUUUGGAACAAUUACCUCAUACUUCUGGACUGUCUGGAUACCACCUAUCAUCUUCGAGCUCAUCAUAUUUUCCCUCACAAUUAUUAAGGCAAUUGAGCACCGACAUAAGAACGUCAAAACACCAGUAGCAUAUACAUUGUACCGAGACGGCUUCUUAUAUUUUAUAAUCAUUAUGAUGUGCUCUAUCUUCCCGUUGGUUGUUUGGCUUGCCGGACCACCGACGUUGGUAGCAAUGCCAAAAUACUUCACCAUGGCGGUUGUCAAUGUCAUGGGCUUCAGACUGGUACUUAACCUUCGCGGUCUACGCGGCGACCGUAUCAUGGCAUCCUCGGGUGGUGGUACAAGCGACGACGUGAACAUGGAAAUGAGUGACAUCAAGGGAGCUCGAAUCACGCCUAACCGAACCGGAUUUUCGCCGGCCCCCAUCCAGGUCCGGCCCGCGUAUACGGUUCAGAACUCAGGCCUAUUUAUUCCCACAUAUGAAAGCCAGCAGGUGAAUCCCGCCGUCGAUGCUCGAUGGAAAAUCGACAGGGAUAUCCUCCUGGAUUUGGUCCGGGACGAGUGUAACAGCUCUUUCCACAUCUUUUUUUUUAUUCAAUUAUUCUAUGAGUUCACGUUCAUUUGGGGUCAUUUUCUUCGGGAUUCGUCUGCGACGAUGCUCAUUGUCGGUCUUACUGGUGGAAUUGCUUCGGGAAAGUCCACAAUAUCGUCUUUGCUGACGUCACAUGGUAUCCCUGUCAUUGAUGCUGACCUCCUCGCCCGACAAGUUGUUGAGCCAGGUACACCUGGCCAUGCGGCAAUAAUCUCGACAUUCGGUACUGAAGUCUUGAAAGAAGGUACUCAUGAUAUUGAUAGGAAGAAACUGGGAGAGAUCAUAUUCAACGAUGAGUACAAACGUAAGCAACUCAACGCUAUCGUCCACCCCGCUGUACGCAAAGCGAUGUUCUGGAGCGUCGUUCGCUGCUGGCUUCGCGGAGAGCGAGUAUGUGUUCUGGAUGUACCACUUCUCAUCGAAACUGGCAUGUGGAAGCAGGUGGGUAAAGUUGUCGUUGUAUAUGUAUCAAAAGAGCUUCAGAUGCAACGACUAAUGCGGCGCGAUUCCUCCGAUCGCGCUGCUGCCCAAUCCCGUGUGUCUUCUCAGCUACCCCUUGCGAGCAAACUAGAAUAUGCGGACGUGGUGAUUGAUAAUUCGGGAUCCAUGGCCGACACAGACCGACAAAUUGUUUCGCUCGUACAACGACUCCAGAAAGAGACUGGGUGGACCUGGAUUGUUAGCUGGAUUAUACCACCAGUCGGACUGCUUCUAGGGGCAUGGUGCCUUGCCUGGCGGGCAAUCAAGCGAGGAAAGAAGACAAAGAGACGACCUGCUGUCCCAAAUGAAGGAGCUAUCGAGCUACAGUAA